AUGGCUGCGCCUAAUAACCAGUCGUCCAUCACAGUCGCUGUCCGAGUGCGGCCCUUUACAAUUCGAGAAGCUGCACAAGUACACAAGAACGAUGAUGGCACAGUUUUCUUGGGCGACGGCUCGCUCGCGGGCGCGCCGCAACCAAAACUUCACCAGCGCGGCAUACGAAACGUCAUAAAAGUGGUCGAUGACCGCUGCUUAGUCUUCGAUCCUCCCGAGGACAACCCCGUUCACAAAUUCGGUCGAUCUGUCGUCCCGACCUCGAAGAAAACAAAGGACCAGGUCUUUGCGUUUGAUCGUGUCUUUGACGAAAACACGAACCAAGCAGACGUAUACGAAGGCACAACAAAGCAGCUGUUGGAUAGCGUCCUCGAUGGCUACAAUGCGACUGUCUUCGCAUACGGCGCGACUGGUUGCGGCAAAACCCACACCAUCACCGGCACAUCGCAACACCCUGGUAUCAUUUUCCUGACCAUGCAGGAAUUGUUCGAGAAGAUUGAGGAGCGCAGCCAAGAGAAGACGACAGAAUUGAGUCUGAGCUAUCUCGAGAUCUACAAUGAGACCAUUCGCGAUCUCUUGGUGCCUGGUGGGAGCGGCAAGGGUGGACUGAUGCUGCGGGAGGACAGCAACCAGGCCGUGACAGUGCCUGGGCUGACAAGCCACCACCCAAAGGACGUGGCCGAGGUCAUGGACAUGAUCGUGCGCGGUAAUGAGUACCGAACCGUCUCGCCGACAGAGGCCAAUGCCACAUCGUCGCGGUCUCACGCCGUGCUUCAGAUCAACGUCGCGCAAAAAGACCGAAACGCAGAUGUCAACGAGCCUCACACCAUGGCCACGCUCAGCAUCAUCGAUCUGGCCGGAUCAGAGCGAGCUUCCGUUACAAAGAACCGCGGCGAGCGACUUGUCGAAGGUGCCAACAUCAACAAAUCCCUCCUUGCACUGGGAAGCUGCAUCAAUGCGCUCUGCGAUCGACGCCAAAAGGCACAUGUGCCGUACCGAAACAGCAAGCUCACGCGACUCCUCAAGUUCUCCCUUGGCGGCAACUGCAAGACGGUGAUGAUUGUGUGCGUAUCGCCAUCGAGUGCACAUUUCGACGAGAGCCAAAACACAUUGCGCUAUGCGAACCGGGCCAAGAACAUUCAAACAAAGGUGACACGCAACGUUUUCAAUGUCAACCGCCACGUCAAGGACUUUUUGGUCAAGAUCGAUGAGCAGAUGGCCUUGAUCAACGAGCUGCGCGCACAGCAAAAAGACUCUGAGAAUCUCUUCUUUGCCAAAUUCCGGAAACAAUGUGAAAAGCGCCAGGCUGCUGGGCACGAGGGUGUCCAGCGCCUCAGGGCGGCCUAUGACAAUUGCGCUGGUGAGCGUCAAGAGCGCGUCAACAGCAUGAAGCGUCUCAAGGCAUUCGAGCGCCGAAUCGGACUUUUGUCGAGCUGGAUCGCCGCAUUUGACACAGUCUGCGAUCAGCGCGGUGGUGAGGACGAUGCUAUGCCGCAAAACCUAAUCUCGAUUCGCAAGACCGCACAGGGCAUCCUUCUCGAGUUGGAGAGCAGCCGCCAGCACAUUCAUCAGAAGAUAGAAAAGUCCACAUGGGAGCGAACAAUCGAUACGGCUCUUGGCCACAGCUUGAGGCAGCUCGAGGGCACAGAGGGUGCGGAUAUGGGUGAAGCUGCAAGCUUGGAACGCGAGGCCGAGUUUUUGAAGGUCAACUUCUACCGCGAGGCGUACCACGAGGUGGCAGAGCAGGAGAGGGCAGGUGAUGCCUCCAUGAUGCAGAUGCUGCUGACUGCCCAGUUCGAGAUGCUGACCUCCAUGGCGGAUACGCUUGCGAUGGAUGAGGAAUCGGCAGUGGCUCAUGCCAAGGAGAUCAUCCACCGUCUGCUCCAGACUGGCUACACCGCUGCUUCCCACGUUGUCAAGCCUGACGGGUCUCUGCCUGUGGCCGAAGUCUUCCCACCAACGCGCAAGGGCACGCCAAAGCGCAAGAGCACCAUGCAUGCGUACAUCAAGCCAGUGGCCCAGCCAGUCUUCGCUGCUGCUUCUUCUGGCCGUAGCAACGAUGACAACCAAGCCAGCCCGAUGAAGGCCUCGCCGAGGAGACGCCGCGCUGCGACGCCUAAGACGAGUGUGAGCUUCAGCGCUGCCACCAAGCCAAAGAAGGGCGGAGUCAGGUGGCGCGACGACGAGUCGGAGGACGGGGAACUCGCCGACUUUGAGAGAACUCCGCAGUACAAGGAUGCGACACCCGAGCAGACCCUUUCUGCGAAGCCAGAGCCCGAACCCGCCAUGCCGACGAUUUCGAUACCUCAAGAACCGACCAUUAUGGAAGAGGCGAGUCCUAGCAUUGAAAUACCGGAAGCCGCCAGCUUGGCUGCUGUCAAGCCAAGCCGGUUUCAGGCUGGCUUUCUGUCCAAAUCACGACCAUCCACGGCACAGGAUGGCGGUUCACCCAAGCUCAGCCCCCCAAGCCUUAGCCUCAACCUACGCAAGAGCACCUCGCCUGAACCUGAGAGUAGGCUACCUGCCCUGCGGUCACUUGAUGUCGAUAAAGUCGGCAACAUGUCGCCGCCCGUGAGCCGGCCUCGGUACCUGCGCUCCUCGUCUAGCCCCCAGCCGCGUCCACCGCGCGCUAUGUCAGAUGAGAAUAGCCCGCUCUCGAAACAAACCAACGGCUCCGGGUCCGACUCCGAGUCCAGUUUCAUAGACUCGCGUAAGCUGCGAGGCGCGAUGCACACUGCCAACCAUGCUCGUCGGGUCAGCCUCAUGACGGGAGCAUCUGCUUCCAAGGCCAAGCGGGUCUCAUCCAUUGGUUCCAUCGGCGGAGGACAGUCAGGCCCGCGGCCUAGCAUGCCCGGGCCGACGUCACACGGCUUGGCCAGCAGCGCCAAUGGUAUCUCCCGAAACCGACGUGGAAGCACGGAGCGCCGCAGGAGCCCACCCAUGGCCUGCUCGCCGCCAGACCAACGAUCGAAUGCGAGCGAGAGGACACUGACGGCCGGUCAGGCGAGACGAAUGAAUCUCGGGGGAAGCCUUAGGUCGGAUAAGCCGUCUACCGAUGGUCCUAGUCCUCCUGGCCCCCGGCGCGUCACUAUCGGUGUCGGCUCAGGGGCUGGGGCAGGCAUGUCGGCCCAUCGCCGCCAGACGAGCAAGAGCAGCGUCACAUGGAGGUGA